UAGAGCAGCAGGGCUCGCGCGGCUCGGGGCGGGGUGCCGAGGGCGGGGCCUGGCCGCGGGGCGCCGCGGGCUGGCGCGUCCCAGGUUGGCGGUUUCCAGCGGAGCCGGUGGCGACCGCAGCGGUGCCAGAUCCGGAUGCCCGCGAGCCCCGUGCGGCUCCAGUUCCAUUUCGCGCCCGCGCAGCGCCAGCUCGGCCCCGCCGGAGCGGGAGACGCGGCGGCGCUCUGCCUGAGAACUCUGGUGUCUCCGCCCCGGGCUCCUCCGGAGAAAGCCAAGUGCUCGCAGGUGCAGCGCGUGUCCCGAGCGGUCCCGGAACGCAAGCCGCCGGACGGCACCUCUAGGGAGCCUGGACCUCCGAGCCUUUGCAAAGCCUUUUCAGAGCCUUUUUCUAGAGCGUUCAGCGCCGGGCGCGCGGGGGAGUGGGAUCCACGGUGGGAAAGGGGUGAUGAGGACACCGAUGAUGGGCAGACCGACCUGGCGCGUGGGCUGCUGCUGUCUCCUCCUUCUGGCUCUUGCUGUAUUUGCCCGCAGCGACGGCGGGCAGAGCUGCGAGGAAGUUCGGAAACUUUUCCAGUGGCGCCUGGUGGGAGCGGUCAAGGGGCUGCCAGAUUCGCCGAGGCCAGGACCUGAUCUUCAGGUUUGUGUAUCCAAAAAACCUACAUGUUGCACCAGGAAGAUGGAGGAAAGGUAUCAAAUUGCAGCUCGCCAAGAUAUGCAGCAGGCGCUUCAAGCAUCCAGCUCUACAUUAAAGUUUCUAAUAUCUCGAAAUGCAGCUGUUUUUCAAGAAACCCUUGAAACUCUCAUCAGACAAGCAGAGAAUUACACCAGCAUACUUUUCUGCAACACCUACAGGAACAUGGCCUUAGAGGCGGCUGCUUCAGUUCAGGAGUUCUUCACCGAUGUGGGGCUCUAUCUAUUCGGUGCGGAUGUUAAUCCUGAAGAAUUUGUGAACAGAUUCUUUGACAGUCUUUUCCCUCUAGUCUACAAUCAUCUCAUUAACCCUGCUGUGACCGACAGCUCCCUGGAGUACUCGGAAUGCAUCCGGAUGGCUCGCCGGGACAUUAGUCCAUUUGGUAAUAUCCCCCAAAGAGUAAUGGGGCAGAUGGGGAGGUCGCUGCUGCCCAGCCGCACGUUUCUGCAGGCACUGAAUCUGGGCAUUGAAGUCAUCAAUACCACAGACCAUCUGCUCUUCUCCAGGGAGUGUGGCCGAGCCCUCCUGAGGAUGCAGUACUGCCCUCACUGCCAGGGCCUGACGCUCAGUAAACCGUGCAUGGGGUACUGCCUCAACGUCGUGAGAGGCUGCUUGGCGCACAUGGCGGAGCUGAAUCCACACUGGCAUGCGUACAUCCGGUCCUUGGAAGAGCUGUCAGAUGCCAUGCAUGGAACGUAUGACAUUGAACACGUGCUCCUGAACUUCCACUUUCUUGUGAAUGAUGCUGUGACGCAGGCCCACCUGGACGGACAGAAAUUAUCGGAACAGGUAAAUAAGAUCUGUGGUCAUCCAAUCAGAACACCCACCGAAAGCCCCCGUUGUUCUUUCGAUGGGAGUAAAGAGAAGCUUAGAAUGAAGAUCUCUACAAGAAAUGGUGAAGAGACGCUUGCCAACAGAAGAAAAGAAUUUAUCAACAGCCUUCGACUGCACGGGUCAUUUUAUGGGGGUCUGGCUGAUCAGCUUUGUGUUAAUGACUUAGCCGCUGCUGAUGGACUGCCAUGCUGGGAUGGAGAAGACAUAGUAAACAGUUAUACUCAGCGUGUGGUUGGAAAUGGAAUCAAAGCCCAGUCUGGGAAUCCUGAAGUCAAAGUCAAGGGAACUGAUCCUGUGAUAAAUCAGAUUAUUGAUAAACUGAAGCAUGUUAUUCAGUUGUUACAGGGUAGGUCACCCAAACCGGACAAGUGGGAAGUUCACCUGGGCAGUGGUGGCGGCGUGGUUGAACAGGUCAGCGGGGACUGUGACGAUGAAGAUGGUUGUGGGGGAUCAGGAAGCGGAGAAGUAAAGAGGACACUAAAAAUCACAGACUGGAUGCCAGAAGAGAUGAACCUCAGUGAUGUAAAGCAAAUCCAUCAAACAGACCGUGGGAACACCUUAGAUGCAACAGGAGCAGGAUGUACAGCAGCAACUGAGUCAAUGACAUUUCCUCUGAUGUGUGCAGUGAUGUUACUCCCUGGGCUUUGGUAACUGAACUAUUUUGCCCUGAUAUAUAUGUUUUACUGAAGUCCGAUUUCUCCCAUCUUCAUCUGAUUGGAAUAAGAGAUCUUUUUUUAAAUAUAACAGUUAUAUUUAUAAAAAGGUAUGUAACACUAACCUCUUAGAAGACAAGUCUGAAGGUUCACAAAGUAUCUAAAAAUCAACAUUUAAAGGAAAGACUGUUGAAAAACAUGUUUCCAUUGAAUCUAACUUAAACCUUCUUAAAUUCUAACAUGUUAAACCUGCAAACACAGAAGUGACUGUGCUUAAGAAGGAUUCAGUAUAUGUGUAAUUUUAUUAUCCUACAUUCCAAACCCCUCUCUUUCUAAGAGAAAAAUAUUUUGAAUUGAAGAUCUAUUUGCAGGACAAUGAAAACAGUACAGAGUGUUUCUUAAAAUACUGGAAUUAGGAUUCCAUUAAAUGAAUAAAAAUAAACAAUGGCAAGUAGUAUGCAUGCAUUUUCAAGAAAUUCAUCCAUUUGUGCAAGCUAUAGAAAGAAAUUAUUGAACACCUAUAUGUUAUAGAGUAGAUUGCUGAGGAACAUUUGACAUAAUUUCAUUGAAGAAGAAUGAUAAUUUCUAUCCACUGUAAUUUAGCCACUGACGAACCUUAAAGCUGAGUAUUUUGGUAGCAUCUGAUCUGUAUUCCAUUAUGUUCAUAAUGCAGUCUUUGGCAUUGUGGCUCUGUUUGCCCUCUCUUUUUGCCUAAUGGAUUUAGCUGUGUUACAAAGCACAUGCCUGCUCUAGGAAUAUCUCUAAUAAAGCUGUUCAUUAUCUGGUGGAAAACUUUAAAAAUCAUUGAUCAUUUUCUUCUGUA